AUGACGUCGAAUGUCCGACAGACCACCACCCAAAUACCACCUUCUAAAGGGAAUUUCCCUACUCCCCGCAAAUCACGCAUAGCCGCGAGCAUGCCCGCCUUGGAUCUGCUCAGUCAAUCCUAUACGCUUUCUGCCCGCGCGGCACCCGCUCACCUCCCUCGCGACUGGCCUUUGAUCUGGACCCUUAUCACCGUCGGUGUCAUCCUUGUUAUCGAACUAGUCUUCGCCAUACUUUGGAUCCGCGUGCACAACCUGCGCAGCAAAGCUCGAUGGGCGCGUCUUCAUCAGCGAGGUGUCGUCAUCGUCUCCGGCGCAGCACUCCUUUGGACCGAGGACCUGCCACUGAAGCCAUACAUCUCGCAUCUCAACCUAAGGCAGAUUGUCGAGAAGCAGGAACGAGACCGAGAAGCAAUGCUUAGAGCCGUCUGA